AUGUCUGAAGGUUUAGCAAUGGGAAAUCCUUUGAGUCCUAUUUUAAGUGACAUUUAUAUGCACUAUUUUGAGACUAAACUUUUUGAAACCAUAACGUUUCCGUUCUAUGUUCGGUACGUUGACGAUUGCUUUGUUUUGCUUGACCAAAACCAUGUUGAUAAUGAAUUUUUACUUUCUACUUUAAAUUCUAUCGAUCCUUGCAUCCAAUUCACUAUUGAAAUGGAAACUGAUAGUUCUCUUUCAUUUUUGGACGUCUUUAUUACUAAAAGUAAUGAUGAAUUUAUGACUUCGGUGUUUCGUAAGCCUUUUGCUGUUACACUACCUCCUCACAAAUGUUCUUCUCAUCCUCCAAACCAAAAGUUGGCCUCAUUCAAGGCUUUUGUGUUCCGUGCUUUGAACAUCUGUUCUUCCUCCAAUUCUUUAAGUGCUGAGCUUUCUUAUCUUAAAGCAGUGGCUUUCGAUCGUGGUUAUUCUCCUAGCAUCAUUGAUUCAAUUUAUAAUAAGUUAAUUAAGCCCUCUCAUUCUGAAAAGGUUUCUGCUUCUAGUGCUUCGUAUACUAUUGUUUUGCCUUAUUAUCCAAAAGUUAGUCAUCAAGUUGCAAAGAUUUUGAAGAAAUUUGGUUUCGAUACAGCUUUUUCUCCAGUUAAUAAGAUAAAAUUUACAAACUUAAAGGACCCCAUUGAUUGCCAUAGCAACUGGGGCAUUUAUAGCAUCUCCUGCAAGUGUGGACUUGGCUACGUUGGACAGACUAAACGUGCUCUCAAGCACCGUCUGAAAGAGCACGAAAACUAUGUUAAGCAUAAAGAACUUGCUCGUUCUUCCAUCGCUCAGCAUUGCUGGACUUCUGGUCACUGUUUUGAUACGAAUGAUGACAUUCGAAUGCAUAAUUCUAUGCUUCGAAUUGAAAAUGCUAAUCUUCUGUUAGAUUUAAAUUCUAGCCAAAAAGUUGCGAUUCCUGAGUGA